AUGACGCAGUCAUGCCUCUUUCUCCCCCUGCCUGCUUCUCGCCCCCGUCAAGCCCCCAACACCGUAUCCCUUGGCUCUUGUGGCAUCACUCAGUCCUCAUCCUCUCCCUCCCCCCUCCCUCUGCUGUGGAAUGGUGCCCAUCUGUUUGGUAAGAAGCGCUCCAACUGUACCUACUUCCACGAGCACAGCGCUCCGCCUGUCUACUCUUUUCCUCUCGUGCCUCUACCUUUCCAGCAAUCUGCUGCUCUCCAACGGUUGUUAUUCCUACAAGUCAUCCAAAGCAACUUUACCUGCCCCCCUCCACUCCCCCACCCCUUCGUGUUCCCCCCCCGGUCGCCUCCCCUCUCUUUCUACCCCCCUUUCCCCUUCCUCCCACCACCUGCUUCCUGUUUCCCACCCUCAACCCUCCCUUGUUCUCCCAGACUCUCACCCCUUAGCCUGAGUUGCUCCUCCUACAACCUUCCCUUCUCUCAUCUCUCCCACCAACGCCCUGUACCGCCGCUCAUCAUCCCCCUUACACCAGGACUCGGUAGUGGAGUGGCACUGGUAUACAGCAGUGCCGCCAGCUCCUACACUGCACCCCGGCUUCUCUCCUGCUCCUCCGCUACCCCUCCAUUUUCCACAACGGCCUUCCAGCAGGCCAUGCCUCUCGGCUCAUGCCCCACUGGUGCUGACAGUGUCUUGGUGGGCAUGUGGCAUGACCUGCCAGAGACGCCGAGGCAGGAAGAGCAGCUGAGGCGAGCCAAGGUGGCAGCAGAGGCGGCAAGCGACGCCAAGAGCAUCGUUUUGAGGAAUAUGAGGCACGAGAUUUGCACCCCGAUGCAUGCCAAUAACCCCGUUCUCCUCGUUCCCCUGACCCGUUCCCUCCCCUUCCCCUCUCCUUUCCAUCUACUUCCUGUCUGUCGCUUUGGCCUCCCCUUCACCUCCCCUUCCUCUCCCCUUACCCUCCCAUUUCUCUGUCUGUUACUCCCCAUUUCCCCUCCCCUUUCCCUCCCCUUCUCCUCCCUCUCUCCUCCCAUUUCUCUCCGCUUCCCCUCCUCUUCUCCUUGCUUCCCCUUCUCCCCCAUUUUCCAUCCCCUUCCCCUCCCUUUCCCCUCCCGAUCCCCUUCCCAUACCUUCCCGUUUCCCUCCUAUUCCCAUCCCCGUACCCUCCCCCUCCCCUCCUCGUUCCCUCCCCUUUCCCUCCCCAUCCUCUCUCAUCACAUGCACCUGUAUUUUCUCAGAACAGUCCAAGAUCGACAGCCAGCGCCCUUCUGCCCUGCCACGCGCAUCAAGGACGAGGAUAAGGCACCUGGAACAUGCAUCAAAGAAGGACCUUCGGGCCGAGCCAUCCGGGGCUGCUGGGUUGCUGGGCUGCUGGGAUGCUGGGAGGCCAAUUCAACUGGGAUGCUUCGGCAAAUUAUUCCGCAUCGUGUGUCCAACGUGAUCGAGUUCACUCACACGGUGGUGACCCACCAGCUGCUGCACUGCACCCCGCAUGUACUCCUCCUGCUCCUCCACUACUCCUCAAUCCUCCAAACCGGCCCUCCAGCACGCCAGGGCUUUCAGGUGCGUCUCACCUGCGCUCUUCCCGAAGUUUCGGCCGGAUGGGGAGAGGUGGGGGGAGAAAUGGGUGUGGGUGGGGUAGGAGGUGGCGGAGAGGGGCGAGGUGGUGGUGGCAUGGACUUGCAGGAAGCGAACCGGGCAGCUCUGUACCAGCCCUCUGUACCAGCCCUCUCUUAUGUGCGCUGGCAGUUUGUUUCUGGCCCGCCUGCCUCCAUUUUAUGCGCUAUCCCUUAUGUAAAGCUCUUCUGUUAUUUCCUAAUUAGGACAGACCUUGCCAUCAUCGACAGCCAGUCGCUGCCUCUGGAGGGCGUGAAUACUCUCUUCCCCCUUCCCUCUGGAGGGCGUGAAUACUCUCUUCCCCCUUCCCUCUGGAGGGCGUGA